GUUGCUAUGAUGCCCUGUGCCUUUCUGCCAAUCAGUCGGAUGCUCUAACAAACCUCGAUAAACCUCAGACGCCACAGUUAACCUGAGUGAUCUCUUCACCUGCUUCCGUUGCUGAUAUUUCAGUGGAUGUGAAAGCAAAACUGACGGUAAAAUUCAUCAAAACAAAUUUAAAAGAAGAAAGGCACUUAAACCACAAAGUUGUUAUGGAGUGACGAGAUUUGCUUAAAAGUUGCAACCAGACGUGUUCUGUCGCUUCCUCAUUUGGCUUACGAACCCAACACCCACCAGGGUCAUGUGCUCCCCUCAACGCUGGUUUUAUCCCUUCUACUGAUCAUUGUUGUCCUGCUAACAAUUUACUGUCUGAGGUUCAAAAACCACAAGAAAGCUCUUAUUACGUCGGUGGAUAAAAAGAUUCCAAAUGGCUUCUUGGAGGAACAAGGAGAGCAGACAGUGGUCCUCCUCCCGAGAUCUCCCUCGCCCUCCAAGAGGUACUUCCCGAUCCCUCUGGACUCGCUGGAGGAGGAGUACCGGAUUCGCUCGGCUGACGACGGCAAGCUCUUCAGAGAGGAGUUCAAUUCACUGCCAUGUUACUACCGCCAUGGGUCCUUUGAGGAGGCGAGCAGAGAGCACAACAGAGAGAAAAACAGAUACCCAAACAUUUUACCAUACGAUCAUUCAAGGGUGGUUCUGAGUCAUCUUGAUGGACAUCUAUGCUCAGACUACAUAAAUGCAUCUUAUAUAGAUGGCUAUAAGGAGAAAAACAAAUUCAUUGCAGCACAAGGCCCAAAACUGGAAACACUGGCUGACUUCUGGCGAAUGAUUUGGGAACAGAAAACGGCAACUAUAGUCAUGCUGACAAAUCUAAAAGAAAGGAAAGAGGAGAAAUGCUGCCAAUACUGGCCAGAAAAAGGCUGCUGGAUGUACGGAAACGUCCGAGUGGCAGUGGAGGACAUCACCGUGCUGGUGGACUACACCAUUAGAAAAUUCUGUGUUCAAUAUCAGGGCAGCGACGGGCUCCGAGCUCCUCGGCUGGUCACCCAGCUCCACUUCACCAGCUGGCCAGACUUCGGGGUGCCGUUCACACCCAUUGGCAUGCUGAAAUUUCUCAAGAAGGUCAUGGCUGUCAAUCCGUCAUAUGCUGGACCCAUUGUUGUGCACUGCAGUGCCGGAGUUGGAAGGACCGGGACGUUCAUUGUCAUUGACAGCAUGAUCGACAUGAUGCACAUGGAGCAGCGAGUGGAUGUCUUUGGCUUUGUGAGCAGAAUACGAGAACAGCGCUGUCAACUUAUCCAGACAGAUAUGCAGUACUCCUUUAUCUACCAGGCUCUGUUAGAGUACUAUCUGUAUGGAGACACGGAGCUGGAUGUGUGCUCUCUGGAGGGCCAUCUGCAAAGGCUUCACAACACCAGGGCCCCACACGACAGGCUGGGCCUGGAGGAGGAAUUCAGGAAGCUGACCAAUGUUCGAAUAAUGAAGGAGAACAUGAGGACYGGGAACCUUCCAGCCAACAUGAGGAAGAAUCGUGUGCUUCAGAUCAUCCCAUAUGAUUUCAACCGAGUAAUACUCUCAGUGAAAAGAGGACUGGAAUUUACAGACUACAUCAAUGCCUCCUUUAUUGAUGGCUACCGGCAGAAGGACUAUUUUAUCGCARCCCAGGGCCCCCUGUCUCACACAGUGGAGGACUUCUGGAGGAUGAUGUGGGAGUGGAGGUGUCAUUCAAUCGUUAUGCUCACACAGCUCAAAGAGAGGGAGCAGGAAAAAUGUUUCCAAUAUUGGCCAUCAGAGGGCAGUGUAACAUUUGGAGAUUACACUUUGGAGCUGACUGGAGAAACACAGUGUGAAACCUUCACUCGCAGAGAUCUGCUUCUCACCUACAAACAUGUGGAAAAGCAGUCACAGCACGUUCGCCACUUCCACUUCCAUGGGUGGCCUGAGAUCGGGAUACCAGGAGAAGGACGGGGGAUGAUUGACAUCAUUGCUGCCGUCCAGAGGCAGCAGCAGCAGUCUGGAAACCGUCCCAUUGUGGUACACUGCAGCGCUGGUGCGGGAAGGACCGGGACCUUUAUUGCGCUCAGCAACAUUCUGGAAAGAGUGAAAGCUGAAGGCCUCCUGGAUGUUUUUCAGACUGUCAAAAGUUUACGUAUGCAGAGACCACACAUGGUUCAAACUGUGGAGCAAUACGACUUCUGCUACAGAGUGGUCCAGGACUUUAUUGACAUUUUCUCAGACUACGCCAAUUUUAAAUAAAACCUUUCCAUGUUUUUUUUUUUCUGUACACACAACUCAAAUGAAAGUAUGCAUUUUUUAAAUGUUGUUUUCUAAAACUUUUUACAUUUUGAACUUCACUGCAGAAUUAAAAAUGUUGUUCUAUGUGAGAACCAGGAGAGUCUGUAUAAUAUGUGGGCUAAUAUGUGGACAAUAAUUAAAGUUUUUUUUUAAUAUAUAUAGGGUUGUUUUAACUUGUAAGUAAAAAUGAUUUCUUCCUAAUAUGUAAAUAUUAUUUAUGAUCUGUGUUUAGCUCAAGCAGGAACUGAAAAAGUCAAACACAUUUAUUUCUGUUUCUGUUUUAUUACCUCACUUCUAUCUGAGAUUUAACAGCUGGUGCCUGUUGCAGUUUUAUUCAGCCUCAGUAACUUUUUUUUUUGCCUGUGGCAGUGCUGGAUUGUGCCUAACUCAGCCACACACAAUUAGCUCAUAUUGAAUCAGGCAUAAAAAAACGUGUUAUUUCAUGAAAUUUAAAUGCAUGAUUUCUGUCAAACUUACCUUUCAGCUUUUUAAAUAAUUUUUCAUACAGUUUAUUCAUUCAGCUUUACGCUUUCAUAUUGCAUAAAACCAGUGCCAUAUCGAUUAGAUAUUGUUCUAAUCUGCAAAAACUUGUCACAAAGUGACAAAUUAAAAAAAUAAUAAGUCAGGUAUUUAUUGUAUCUUUGUUUAAACAAAAAAACAAGAAUGUACAGUACUGGUUAUAUUGUUUCAAAGGUGGUCGGUGGAUUAUCAAUUGAGAGUUUUUUUUUUAUAUAUUUACGUAUAUUGUAUCCAUUUUAGAUUAUUUUAAUGAGUGGGUUAAAAAUUCAGAGGAAACCUUUGUUUUUUCUUCUUCCUUUUUAGCUCAUUAAUAUUUGCUGUCUUGAUUUACAAAAACAGACAAUAAACAUUUCUUGGAUUUUUUUAAAAUAAAAUAUAUUAAAACCAAUUCAGAGAGAUUAACAUAUUAC